UAUCCAUUGUUUAAAUGUAUCACUAGACAUUAGUGUUCGAUGAUGUUUCGGGGAUUUACGCAAUUGUUGACUAUUUAAAAGUGUAACACGUUCAGAGUGAAUCGGUCAAUGAUAACAUUUGCACCCGGGCAGUUGUGGCAUCAAGACUAAGGACUUCUUUAACUUUCAAAUUCUGAUAUUUCAAUAAAAUUCAUAAAUGAAACGAAGAUUGUGUGACUUUAAAGCGAAGAAGUGCGUUGUUUUGAUAGCCUGGCUAUUGAACGUCGUGAAGUCCAUUGAAUCUCAAUUUUGUGUAGAUUCGAGUCAACGAAGUGGCCAAUGCGUGUAUAUGAACUCGUGCCCACAACUGAUUCAGGACUAUUAUGAAGCAGCAAGAUAUUCGCCAAAUUUGCCGGAUUUUCAGACUUUUGUGAGCGGUGCAAUGUGCGGAUAUGAUGGCAUCAAUUUUAUGAUCUGCUGUGUUUCCAACCGAAACAUUCAGCCCCCCGGUGGAAUUCCAAAUCUCCCCACACCGCAGCAGAAUAACCCGUACGCUUCCGCAUUUAAAUUUUCUUCACUAAAUUCACUACCAAAUGUGCCAACGUCAACACUUGCAAUGCCAACAACAGCUACAUCACCUAUAUUACCAUCGUAUUUGCCAGAAAGUACAAAACCACCGAAUCCGCCAAGCUUACCACCCUAUACUCCUAGUGUAAAUUCCUCCGCAGCAAUUGUACCAACACGCUUGGCACCUAAGAGGAGCGGUGCAGAGUGCGGCGUGAGUACAGCUUAUACCAAUAAAGUUGUAGGCGGCACGGAAGCAAGACGAGGCGCAUACCCUUGGAUCGCAGCUUUGGGUUAUCGCGAUGAGAAUAUAGUGAAUUCAUUGCAAUACCUCUGUGCUGGUAGCUUAAUAUCGAACCGUUAUAUUUUGACAUCGGGUCAUUGUGUUAAUUCUCUGCUAAUAACAGCACGUUUGGGUGCCCACGAUAUAAGUAAUCCCAACGAGACGGGCGCUAUAAGCAUACCCAUUGAACGUAAAAUCAUACACGAACAGUACAACUCGCAAUAUAUAAUUAAUGACAUUGCAUUGAUUCGUCUAAGUGCCCCGGCUCCAAAUUCGGCAUAUAUAAGCACCAUUUGCCUACCCGAAGGCGAGCGUUUUGCAAAAGAUUUCGUUGGCAACAAUCCGUUCGUCGCUGGUUGGGGUGCAGUGAAGUUUCAAGGGCCCAGUUCGAACGUUUUGCGUGACGUGCAGGUGCCGAUUGUGACUCAACAGACUUGUAUACAGUCAUAUAAAGCCGCUUUUCAAAAUUUAGUAUUUACAGAUCGGUUCAUCUGCGCUGGCAAUUCUCAUGUCGAUGCCUGUCAAGGGGAUUCCGGUGGGCCAUUGAUGAUGCCGAUGCUGGAAAACGGCGCUUAUCAUUAUUAUAUUCUGGGCUUGGUUUCUUAUGGCUAUGAAUGUGCUCGACCCGGAUUUCCUGGUGUUUAUACACGUGUCGCUUCCUAUAUACCAUGGAUACUCAGCCAUAUGGUAUAGUGUUGGUAUAUAAUCUCAAAGAAUAUUUUUCAAUCCCAAAAAAAUAAUUUGUUAAAAAUUUUGUUAUUUUGUUUUCAAAAAAAAAUCUGUAAAAAUAAUGUUUAUUGCUCAUUAUUGCU